AUGUCCCUCGGAAAGCAGCCUUCGGACCAUAUAAAGCGGCCCAUGAACGCUUUUAUGGUCUGGUCCAGAGGUCAGAGGCGGAAAAUGGCGCAGGAUAACCCGAAAAUGCACAACUCUGAAAUUUCCAAACGGCUGGGUGCGGAGUGGAAACUUUUGAGUGAGAUGGAAAAGAGGCCCUUCAUUGAUGAGGCGAAGAGAUUGAGAGCACUGCACAUGAAAGAGCACCCAGACUACAAGUACCGGCCACGGAGGAAACCGAAAGCCCUAAUCAAGAAAGAACCUAAAUUCGGCUUCAAUAUCAGCGGUCUGAUGGCGCCGGUACCUCGCCUGAUGACGCCGCUACCCCAGCCGGUACCGCAACUAUCCGUGCCGCAUCAUCUGUUACAUGACAAACCUGAUCUGGGUAGAGCGCUGUUCCCGCCCAUACCUUACCCGUUCUACCCGUUUGCGAAGAUACCAUCUGAUGAAGGGAAGUUUGCAGCAGAACUGGCGCACUUACAGGCACUGUACGGGGGAGCCUUAUACAGCUCAGCGCUGUACAACAGUGCGUUAUCACCCUGCGGCUGCCCCCCUCGUCGCACCCCGUCCCCGCCCGCGGACGUCAAACGACCCGUAGCGUACGUCCUCAUGAAGAGUGACGAGGAACCGCCCCAGCACGUCAUAUGAAGGCCGGUGCCGCUCCCGGCGCGCCCCUACGCGCACUGGGAGCAGCCUUCCACGUCCACCGAGAGGGACAGUACACCUGAUAGCAUUUAAGUGGCUCUAUUGGACGUUAGCAAGAAGUGCAAUAUCGUUAUGUGAUUUUUUCAGGACAGUACAAGCUCUAGUGUUACUCUUAUGUUGACGUUACUUUGCGUGAGUUUGUUAUUUCG